AUGCUCUCUCUAUCCUCCCUGAUCUCCAAGGCUUCGUCCUUGAUAGAUCCGAACAUCCUCCCACCUUCCCUACUCAAUCAGGUCAACGGCUCUACCAACGAUGGUCAAACUCCUGCCGUCCUUUUCCGCUCCAACUUCCGUCUCCCGGACUCUGAAAGUCCACUCGCAGUCAUACCCUGCGAGUUAAGUCUACCCACCGGGGAACACUACUUUGGCCGUCUCCAUCUUUCCGAAUCGUUCCUCUGCUUCUCCUCAUCUGCACCAUCUUCCGUUUCGGGAGCUAGUUCAUCAUCAUCCAGUACAGCUGGACCUCCAAGCUGCGGCUUCACAUUACCACUGGUGGCAAUCCGACGGGUGGAAAGACUUCAUUCCCGAAGUUACCUAUUUGCCCUAGCUGUUACAACAUGGCACAACGAUCAAAAACUCACAUUACAAUUCAAUUCACUACGGUCAACAUGCGAGAAGUUUUGCGAGGCCUUGAAGAAGAACUUGAGGAGUCAAAUGAGCGAAAUGAAGAAUCUAAGGAUGCUUGUCGGCAGCUGUUACAGCGAAUGGCUAGUUACUGGCGGUAAAUCGAAAGACGGUGCAAAGGAGGAACCCGAUGCGGGGUUGGGUAUGGUUUGGAAAUAUCCCGGCGACGCAAAGAAGCUACGGGACAGGAGCAAGAUGAGAUUAUGGGCGGAAUAUCUACGAGAAAACGGCCGGAAUAUCACUCUGAUACGACAGCCAACGUUCCACAAGCUUAUCCGGGUCGGGUUACCUAAUAGGUUACGUGGGGAAGUUUGGGAAUUGACCUCCGGGUCGCUGUACGGACGUCUUUUCAACCCGACACUAUACACAGAUACCCUCACCGAGUUUUCGGGCCGACAUUCAUUAUCCAUUGACGAAAUCGAAAAGGACCUGAACCGUAGUUUACCCGAAUACCCAGGUUUCCAAAGCGAAGAAGGAAUAGGAAGACUCCGUCGAGUACUUAGCGCAUACAGUUGGAAGAACCCGGAUGUCGGUUAUUGCCAGGCAAUGAAUAUAGUCGUGGCUGCCCUACUGAUCUACAUGUCCGAAACCCAAGCCUUCUUCCUCCUAUCCACCCUCUGCGACCGCUUAGUCCCAGGCUACUAUUCCCAAACCAUGUACGGCACCCUCCUCGACCAAAGGGUCUUCGAAUCACUUGUCGAGAAGACCAUGCCGAUCCUUUGGGAGCAUCUCGUCAAAUCGGACGUCCAACUCUCCGUCGUCUCGCUUCCAUGGUUCCUCUCCCUCUUCAUCAAUUCCAUGCCGCUAGUCUUCGCCUUCAGAGUCCUCGAUGUCUUCUUCCUCGAAGGCCCCAAGGUGCUCUUCCAAGUUGGUCUCGCCAUCCUUCGAAUUAACGGCGAAGAGCUUCUCGAUGUUACAGAUGACGGGGCGUUCAUCAGCUGUUUGAAGAACUACUUCCUACGCUUAGACGAAAGUGCCCAUCCGAGAAGCGACAAUGAAAAGCUCCGGGCAGUCACACGCUUCCAAGAGCUCAUGGUUGUUGCCUUCCGCGAAUUCUCCGGAAUAACAGAACAAACCAUCACCGACCAAAGAACCAGGCAUAAAGACUCCGUUCUUUCGUCCAUUGAAUCCUUUGCCAAACGCACAACACUCCGAAACCUUGGGCCGGAAAGCAAGCGACUAGCAACCAAUGACCUCGGAUACAUUUACGAUAGGUUCUACAAGGUCCUUUAUGAACGCCAAGAACGACUUGCAGCGAUCGAACUGGAAAAGGAACGACUGAACGAAAAGAAGGUAAUGAGCUCGGCUAGGAGCAUCAGCGAAAAGAGCAUCAAUGAAAAGGGACGCAUAGGCCUUGGCCCUUCGUCGCAACUUAUGGACUAUGACUAUUUCAGAGAAUUCUUGGCUGGUGUAGCAAAAUGGGCGAUAGCGGAUUCACCCUCACAACUAUUCUCCCCGGGCCUUGGCGGGUCGUUAGACCCGCAGUGGGGCAGUAAUGGAAGGAAGAAGAGUAUCAACUUGAGCCCAUGGGGUGAUAACGCAGAACCAGCCGACCAUGAAUUCAUGCAGAGGCUGUUUAGACGGUGGGAUACAGACUACAGGUCUGGACUGUCGUUGCAAGACGUGGUUGCAGGACUAGCCGGGAUCAAGGGCAAGAAAGAUAUCAUGGAGAGUAUAAGUUACUUCUUCGAAUUAUAUGACGACGAUGGUGACGGGAGGGUUGACCGAGAGGGCAUUUUGAGAAUCAGUGAGGCGUUGUUAUUCAUCACAAGGAGAGGAUGGGAGACACCGCCAAAUAUUGGAGAUCAGAAUAGAAACAGCGAAGGAAAGGGAGGCACGGAUCCUUUCUUAGGAAGUGUCAGUGGUUUCAUCAGACGAUGCUUUGAAUAUGCGGACCCAGACCAGCAAGGGAAGCAAGAGGAGGUUAGCACCGGAGUUGAGGGAAUGGAUGAGUUGGUGGACUUAUUGGAUUUGGCAUCUGACGACGAAGAUGGCGACAGCGUGAAGAGCCCGGUUAAGGAGAAGGAACUCAAGGGCAAAGACAAGGAGAAAGACGAAGAAUCUGGAGAGAAGACUUCGUUAGAUAUCGAUGCAAACACUAGACCUUCGGCAAUGUCCGCAAAUAUUGCGUUAGACCCGGCGAACCCACUGCAUAUUACAUUACCGACAUUCAGAAUGAUAGUGCUCGCAGACGAAGUUCUAGAGUACUUCUUCGAGACCGGUUUUGCGGAUUCAAUUGUGCUUUCAACAGAUGGAUCUAAGACUCCUAGCGGCAGGAAUGUGUCUGCGGGUGCCAGCGCCUUCGGAAAUCUCGGUGGUGGAGGCAUCGCCGGCGCCAAGGGACUGAGAGGUGUUCUCGACAACAUCGUCAACGAUGGCAUGCGGGUCGCACAGGAGGUCAGACGAAGGAUGGACGAAGCACAGAAAGAAAUGGAGAGAAACGCAGUACCCGGGAAGUACAAGGAGGACGAGGAGGAAGAAGGCGAUGCAAAGAGUAUUAUGGAAGGAGACAGAGAACUACUAAAGGGUGCGGAAGCCAGCGUGGUGGAUGAGGCUGCGAAGCUAGCGAUCAAAACUGGAAUUCCAGACGACGACGGAGCCUCGGGAACACUGCUAGGUAGCCCGACAUCUUCUUUGGCGACCACACAUGUUGGGGAAGAACUACGGACUCCUACAACUCCAAUGCCGACAAGAGUCGAAUUUGAGAUGGACAAAUAA